AUGCUGCUGCAAGGAGAUGUGGAUCAGCGUCUGCCAGCACGUCAAUGCGCUCUGGUAUUGCACGCCCUCAAGCAGCGAUUCGUCCUAAGCCAGAAUCACCCGGUCCCAGAAGUCAAGAGACCGGACGAGUUGGUCGUGGAGAUUCGUGCGAUCGGCCUGAAUCCCAUCGAUUGGAAAUCGGUCGACUUUGGCUACGGCAUACCGACUUUGCCUUAUGUCGCUGGUCGUGACUUUGCAGGCGUGGUCGUCAAAGCUCCUGCCGCACCGAGCCAUAUUCAACUUGGGGACGUGGUGCUGUGUGCUUCCACGGACUAUAGGGACCAACGGAAGGCAGCCUACCAACAGUAUGCGAUCGCGAGCCAGCAUACCGUCUGCCGAUUACCUGGACACGUACCGAUACCCCAAGGAGCGGCACUCGGCGUCGCGUACAUUGCAGCAAGCCUGGCGCUUGGGGUGUGCUUGGGGGUCAAGUUACCAAAAGCAGGCUCUGGAAAAGGUGUGGCGAGUCCCGAUAUCAGAAGAAUUGUCCGAAGACAGCGCUUAGAAGAUCUACCCCCAGAUCAGGUCGCCGAGUGUCUAGCAAUGGAUGAGAAGGAUCUCCCAAAAUCAGGCGAGUGGAUGGUGAUUUGGGGAGGGUCCUCAACAAGCGCACUCUUCCUCUCGCAGCUUGCUGGACUGGCAGGUCUCAAGGUCAUCCUAGUGGUGGAUGUAGCCAAGCAUGGAGCCAGGAUGGUGGAGUCGAACGGAAUGCUUCUAAUCGACAGCCACAACACCGAUCGAGCGAGCCAGAUCAUUCGAGGCGCGACGGGAGGAAAGCUGAGAUUGGGGAUCGAUACCGUUGGGAAGCCCACAGCGGAAGCUCUUGCGAAAUGCUUACGGCCAGAUGGCGAUAGAAAGGCACAUAUCGUGGGUCUCGCGGCCUUGCCGAAGGAGAGACUGCCCGGUGUCGUCUACCACUCGGUGCCCGUGAAGCUAUUCCAUGAAGUGCCGGAGGUCGGGUCCAGCCUGAUGGGAUGGCUGGAACAAGCAUUGCAAAAUGAUGUUUUGAGCCUGCCUGCUGUGGAGACCGCGCCCGGUGGACUGGAAGGCGUAAAUGCUGCGCUGGACCGAAUGCGUCAAGGCCAGAUUUCGGGAAAGAGACUCGUCGUGCCGUUGAUCUCGUGA